GAUCAGACAAUAUGGUCAUGCAAGCUGCGAACAUAUGAUUGGUAAUCUGUUGUUACCAAUGGUGUUACUUGGUAUAUUUCGUCAGCUAUCAGAUUACCUGAUGUAUACAGUCUGGGAAGAUACCAUACAGAUAUUACACCACUGACAAUAUCAACAGGGACAAUUCUUCAUGGGCAUGGAAAAUGACCAAAACCCCAAACUGUGAUAUUUCCUUGAAAAGUGGACACAUCAAUAAUGGAUACUUAACCUUGAGGGAUCCUGAUGGAUAAAGUGAACUAGACACCAAGAAUGGACGAGUGUCAGCGGUCAGUAUUACAGCGCCACUUCAAGCAGCUGGCCAGUGACCUCAUAUUGUCAGAGGACCUGCUCGGGGACUUGUAUCAGGAGCACAUCUUUGACAGGAACAUGAUCGACAUUAUCAGGAGCCAACCUACAGAUAGUGACAGAGUGUACAAGAUGCUGGAAAUGCUUCCUAAACGUGGACCGUCAGCUUUUGACACUUUCAUCAACAUCAUCCAGGACAGCUACCCAUGGCUUGCCGCCAUGCUGGAGUCCAGCUACCUGGCUGAGAAGAGCAAACACCAGCCAAGUUCAGGUAGACAGCAUGGCAAGGUGGAGAGACUGUUCUCUAUCACAGAGACUCCUCAACAUCCAGAUAAAACAGACAGUGAUAUUAGGAAAAGAGUUGGGACUUUUGUCCACAAGCAGUUUGGUCAGAGUAAAAGAGUCUCCCAAAAUGACAAAAAGGCAUUAGAGAGAUUUUUCAAUGAACAGUUGCAUGAUGAAAGGAUCCGCCUUCAGUCUUUGGCUGAGAAACCAGAAUCUCCCGCAGACACUGAAACCGAGUCUGUGGCAUCUCAGGUUAGCGAUGUUCAGCAAAAACUAUUUGAAAUCCAUGUCAUUCUGGAACCACACCUCCAGAGCAAGGCACGCAAAGACUUCAGCAACCUCCUUCCAGAAGACAUGACCUUUGAAAUCAUCCAAAAAGAAAUCAGAUCAAUUCUGGAAAAUCUCAAUAGAGCUGAGGAAGAGCUCACUAAAUGUUUGAAGCUGCCAGGGCUUUAUGAGGAUGAGGAUGACAGUUUUACAUUGUGCCAUCAUGUAGAGAAGUUAAUAGAAAAAGUUGAGGACCAGCAAGAGAAGCUUCAAAGUCAGGAAACACGACUGACAGAACUGCAAGGAGAACUGAAUGAAUACUCCAUCCAUAUCCACAAACUAGAAUCAGAAAGGACUACUUCUAGAAGUAAGAUAGAACUUCUAGCCAAGGAAGUGUCUCAACUCAGACAUGACAAAUUCAAGUUGGAUGAGAGGACGCCCCAACUUGAAAAGAUUCAUCAACAACAUCUUGAGAAGGAAAAGACUCUUGAGAAUCUCAAAUCAGUAGUAAAAGAACUACAGGCAUCCAAGAAUAACAGCAGCAGUGGUAACAUGGAGGACAGUGUGAAUGUCCGAUCACGGGAGGUAAAUGGACUUCGCAGCAGUAUAGUAAGACGACCUUCAGGACAACGGGUGAAAGGUUUGGAAGGGCAACACCAAAACCCACCCAUAAUUACCAGCUGGCCAGGACAAGAUACACUGUCAGGAAUACAACCAAAAAGAAGCCAAAUCUACCAGUAUAGGAACCAUCCAGCACAAUACUUCUAACAACAAAAACACCAUUAGUUAUGAAUACAUUUGUGACUAGUGACAAAGUUUGGGUUCAGUCACCUCUUUGUGGACAGUUGGCAUCAUCAGUAUUUGUGAUUGUGACACAAGGUCAUGAUGCAGUAGGAAUCUGCCAAGGAACAUGCUUUUUUUCAUGGUUAUGGACAUGUUUCUUGUUGUUUUUAUUAACUGUGUAAACAGUAUGUGUAUGCUGCCUACCAUUUCUAUGGAACAUAAUGAGGAGGAAGAAGAAGAAAAAGAAGAUUAUUUUACUUAGAUGUCACAUGUGCUGUAUAUACAGGUAAUGCUGCAAGGGAUGAUUCUUAAAAACUAAACAUCACUGACAGAUAUGUACUGCUGGCUGCACUAAGGCUGAGCAGAAGAUUUGGAGUCUAUUUUUUUUAAUCAAGCAUGUUGUGUUACAAGGCAUUAGGUUACUGUAGCACAGGAACAGAUGAUUAGCACCACUAGGAGUAUGGAUUGAUCAUAUCUCAAAUACAACAAUCAGAACUGUUUCUUAUCUGGUGUUUAUUAUCUUCAAUCAGCUUUGAAUCCUGUUAAAAAGUUCACUUGUUAUUGUGUUGGGGUGAUACAUUUUUAUCCUCCAUCUAUGUUGGCAUAUAUUCACAAAUUACCAUUUAUUACAAACAUAUCCAUAUGAUCCUCAAAAGGGGUUAUUAAAUCCAUACUAAACAAAAUGUAAUGUUAUUAGUCAACAAAAAGCAUCUUAAACAUUUUUCAGCUUCAUCUUAUUCAUCUUAUUUGAGGAAUGAAAUCAUUUUGUAACACCAAAAGUAAAAUGAACAUCUAUAACAGUGUAGUGUGAUUUGGUUACUCACCUUGCAAUUUGUGUGCUUUAGUUCCUAACCUAUUCAAAAUCACAUUCAUUACGAAAACUGAGUCAAAUAAAAAACAAUGUCUACAA